AUGAACGAGCUACAGCCGUGCCUGAAUUACCUCAACGGCAACAGUCGUCCACCGGAUAAUUGUUGUCAACCUCUCGAGCGUGUUAUCAAGUCAAUGCCCGAGUGCUUGUGUGGGCUGAUGACCAUUCAAGGCGCCAACCGGGCCGAACAGGCCGGAAUCAACUUAAAUGAGGCCCAAACGUUGCCCGGAAGAUGUGGCCAACGGAUUAACCCACUAGGCUGUGUUACGGGCACACCCGAUCGACGGUCGAGGGACUCAGUCCCAAAUUCAGGCAGCUCUAAAUUGAGGUUUUCAAGCUUGAUUCUUAUUGCUGUAGUUUUUGUGAUUGACCAUGUUCUAUAA